AUGAGUGAUGCGGGUUUUUAUGAGUCAUACGUAUACGAGGAGCACAAAAUGAUAUGUUACGAGGGGGAGAUACCGGAAGACAAGAAAAUACAAUUUAGCCUCCAUUUUGGCACGGUAACACUUGAUAUGGAGACUACCACACUUUUCGUCCAGGACAACACAGAUGAUAUCGAUGAAGAAACCUUUUGUCUAUCCGUGCAUGAGUCACCUUUAGAAGAGAAUCUCAUUGGGAUACCGAUAUUUCAAGGUCGCAACAUAGGUUUCGAUGUUCCUAACAAUAAAUUGUAUAUCCAGGCCGUUGAAUGCCAUAAACUCUACGAUGGUUUUAAUGAUGAGCUGGCUUAUCGGAGUCCAUGA